UAAUAUUAAAUGGUGAAAAACACUUGGAAAGUUUAUAUAUUUAAAUACAUAAACCCGCCAAAAAAGAAGCGAGCCUGCAGUUUAACAUUUCGAAUUCCCCAACGUAACAUUACGCCCAGGUGGCAACGUAGGACACAGCCCGCGCAACAAACGAACCAAAGAGGUGCGAAAGAGCACACACUACAGCACAUGUGACUCGAGAGAGAGAGGGCGAGAAAAAGAGAGGUCGGGAAAAACACGCGUUGUUGGCGAACAUUUUUCCACUGUUUACAAGAUUUUAAAAGGAAAACUAAGUGCGAGAUAAAAUGAUAGGUUCCGGGAGAAAGCGCAAGCAGCAGCUAAAGCCGCGCCAGGAUGAGCACCGGUCGCCGGUGAAGCGACGCAGCGUAGACAUCAAGUCGGAACCUUUGGACGGUUAUCCGGCGUUGGCGGACUACGAUUUGAGCACGGCGGACAUCAAGCCGGAUCUUACGGAAUUGCAGCUGCAGCUGGCGGCAGAGCAGCAGGUGACCACCAGUGUCACUCGCUCAGAAUUGGAUCAGCAAGAGAGCGAUUCCGACGAGGAUGGCUACUCGGAGUUGAAUUACCAGUCGGCAGAUGUCUUUUGUCAAGAUGAGCCCGAUGACUACGAUCCGGAGUGGAGUAGCCAACAGAUGGGCUCGAGACUACUCUUUGAAUUCUCCACCCCCAGCCAACAAACUGGGUUGAAAGCAGCCAAACGCUUUCAGUGCCCGCAGUACUACUUUACCCAGCUGCUGGGCAAUCGUGCCAGUUUCUUUGAAUCUCUGGCUCAAAGCUGUAAUCAAAAGGGGGGAGCAGAAAAAACGAAGCCUACUAAUGCCGAAGAAAUUGCAACCUUUGUUGGCCUCUCCCUGCUAAUGAGUGACCUGAAGCUGGAACACCUCUCCGAUUACUGGAGCAACAACAUGUUCUACGGCUUUGUAGGAUUCAACGAAAAGAUGUCUAUCGAGCGCUACCGCCAGUUGCUAAAGUGCCUAAACUUUGAUGCACUAAAUCCCCAAACGGGAAAGGCAAAGUCGAAGGACUUUCCACUUCUAAACUUCAUUAACGACCGCAUGGCGGAACUGUAUGUUUGUGGCCAGCAACUGGUGCUCAAUGAACCUAUUACGCUUUGGAAGGGUAGAUUCAGUUACCAAGACGAUCUGCCCAAGAAAUUCCGCAACAACUUGCUGCUGCUGCACAUGGUAACCGAGCAGAGUGGCCUGGUGGUGAAGAUUCGGCCGGAGAUUGUGCAACAAAAGGACGCUCAGGCAUGGGUUCGCAAUUCCCGCCAGUUGGUAGAGCACCGAAAUGAGUUGACCCUAAAACUAAUGGAAGAUUUCCAAGGAGGACGGACUGUGUAUGUCUCGAAAUUCUACGGUAGCUAUGGACUGGCCUACGAGCUGGCCAAGAGGAGCACCUACUGCACUGGGCUGCUCGACAGGAACCGAUAUGGCAAUAGCAAAGCUCUCGUGCACCAGCGGUUGGAUUCCAACAGUAUCGCCACCAGCUAUGCCACGUCCUUGAUGAUGGCCAAGUGGCAACGUCGUUCCAAGAGCUUGUAUUUCUUUAGUUCUGACUGUUUGGCCAUUUACGCCAAGGAGUUGUCGUUGCAGAAAAAGAACGCCAGACCCAAGUUGAUUCAGGAGUUGGACUGGCAACUGCAACCUGGCAGCGAGAGUCGCCAGCACCUGAUCCAGUACCAACCCACCUGCCAGGAUCUCCCGGCGGACAAGAAACUGGUCAUCUUCCUGCUCAAUAUUCUCGUGCACAAUGCUUAUUUGCUGUAUUUGGCCAAUGGCCAAGGUCCGCGAGGCGGACACCUUAAAAGCUAUGCCGAGUUCCGUGUGCUGAUCAUCAAGUCGCUGCUAAAGGAAGAAGUGGUUAACGUAGCAGUCAGUCCCCAGAAGUCAAAGGAACAAGAAAAGGUGAAGGAGAAACCGGCGCCCGAGGCCAAGGUAAAGGCUAUACGACACGAACCCGUAAUCAUUCUGCAUAAUGGAAAGCCAGCACGAAAAAACUGCCGCCACUGCCACAAAGGCGGAAUGCUGCAGUUCAGCAAGAUUAUGUGUAACUCCUGUCCGGACAAGCCCGGUCUGUGCCAGGAACCCUGCUUCCGGCUCUGGCAUGACCAGCUCAAAAAGUAACCGAAUAGACAACUAUGUAUACCAACUGAAUAAAUUGAUAAAAGUAAACUUCAAUGGAAGGAGACUUAUAAAUAAAAAAUAUGUUUAAAGCAACAACUGGUUGGAUAUAAGGGAUCCAAUUAAGCAACAAUAAAUUUGAUAUGAAUAAUUUUAUCUUUUCAAGAAAUGGCUUCACUGGCUUCUAAAUAAAUCCUUAAACGAAUUUAAAUGUUAAAUGAAACUACACUAUUUCGGAUCCAAUUUGUUUUUUUAAAACUGUUAAGGUGGCUUCAAGUUGUUAAAGAUUUUUAG